GACAGACACAGUCUCUAUGGGGUUUUGGGUGGGUGACUGUUCUAAAGAAAGCGCAGAGAAGUGUGUAAGACAGCAGCUCUGCUUCCUGGUCCUAACUCUGGACUGUCAGGUUUUAGAAAUAAACUUCGCCAUAUUUCUAGAUAAGAGAGCCGCUCCAUCCAAAGUGGGAUGGAUGCCGUCUCUCCUAAUCAGACCAGGUUUUCCCCAAAAAGGCUUCCAGUUAUCAAUGAAGCCCACAUCGUUUGCUGGACACCACCUCAACAGCCAGCGGUGUCAUUUGCCCAAAUGAAGGAGAUUCCUCCUGCAGCUCCACAGAGUUCAUUAAACAAUGAGUGACCGCCCUCUGCUGGUGAUCCCGCUGAGCUGCACGGAGGUCAGUUUCCAGGAAACUGAUCGUGUAUCACACAGUCAGUGUUCAGUUUCAGUGUACAGGUGAUACCUGCUGCUGUCUGUACCUGAGACUGCAGUACUACUAAUAUAUAUUAUUAUAUAAUAUUAGUACUACAACUGCUACUAUAUGGAUAUAUAUUUAUAUUACUGUGCUACUAGCUGUUAGCUGUGUUUAGCAACAUUUAUUUAGUAUUUGUUAGUGAUGACAGACUGCAGGCUGGACUACAUCCAACUACUGCAACAGGAAGUCAGCAAGAACCCUGAUAGGCUGCUGGAUGUGGGGAAGGAGGAGGAGCAAGAGGAGGCUCCUCCUCCCUGCAGGACCCUCCCACAACUCUGCUCCAUCCCCAGGAGACUGGUCAUCUCCCCGGGCCUCGGAGGAACACCGGUGACCCCCCAGCUGACGGAGAGUCUGAGGAAGAUCCUGUUCGGAGGAACGUUUCACGUCUUCAACUACGAGUGGAGGAAAUCGUUCUUCCAGUUCAGAGAGCCCGACUCUGAGUUCUCGUACGCUCUGGAGGCCGACAGGGGCGGGGCACGGGCCCUUCAGAUGGUCGUCCAGGCUCGGAUCAUUAAACACCUGCUGUUCACCCGACAGAGCGCCUCAGACGGACGGACGCUGAGCAGUCUGUGUGACGUAGGACAGAAGGAUCAGGAGAGGGCAUUGGCGGCAGCGUUGUCCGACAGCCUCUGGUUGGCCGGCCAGGAGCUCAGCGCCACCGUUACCUUGGUAACCAAAGACUACUGCAUCACACCUCACCUGGACUACAAACUGGACAACUUCACGGAGAGGUUACAGCUGUUCACAUUUAACAAGAAAGAAGAUGUGAGGAAGUUCAUCCUGGAGCACGUUCAGUGUUUUAAAGAGGAAGGCAGUCAUGGAGUCAUCCUCUUCCUGUACAGCCUCAUCUGCUCUCGGACAGUCGACAGGCUGAAGGAGGAUCUGGACUCUACCACCUCCCACCUGCUGUACCUCAGUUUGGGAAACUUUGUCUGUCGUCAGGCUCUGAUGAACCUGCUGCUGACGGGCAGAGCCACUCCCAACGUCUUCAACGGGACUCUGUACUGUGGGGAGGACGGCCGGCCUCUAGAGCGCCCCCUGCAGGGCGUCCUGUGUCGCAGUGAUGUGGGUUAUCUUCACUGGAGCAGAGAGCAGAUGGAGAGAGACAGACUGCCACAGGUGGGCAGCAUGCUGAAGACCCCUAGGUUCCCGGUCUGGCUCUGCUGCAUCAACAACAGCUACUCAGUGGUCUUCAGUCUGAACCGCCUGCUGCUGUCGGACUGGAAGAUGGAGCACCAGUUCCACCUGUACUACUACAACGGGCAGAGUACUACAGCCAGACUGACUGUAGAUACUCACUCCCACCACUGGGAGGCGUCGUCCACACACUCAGACGGGGACCCAGAGAAACAGUUCCCUUCACUGGAGAUGACCAUCAGGACCAAGUGGGAUGGAGCGGCUGUAGACUGGAACAGCACCUUACCUUUCUACUGAACACCUCAGACUGGACCUGGGUCUCUAGUGGAUCUGUGGAGACCACUAUUGUAUCUCUAAGGUCCCAAACUGCUCCACAGAUUAAAGAGAGGUCCUAAAGAGAUUUACUAACCACUGUAACACCAAAAUACACCAAAGAGUCCGUUUAUAAGGCUGACAGACAGUCCUGGUAGCGGAUCCAGACAGACCCAUGUCCUGGUAGCGGAUCCAGACAGACCAUAAACUAUCCCAAAUCCCACCGGGCGGCUACGUGAUGCUGGAGAGCGAGAGCAUCUCCAGAGACUCACUGCUGCAGCGUGAGAGUCUGUAGGCUGUAUUUUAUUUUGAAAGCAGAUUCCCUGUGUUGUUUCUGACUUCCUGUCAGUGUGAUCUGGACGUCAGUUAAAGCACGUGUCUAGAACGGGCGCCAUCACAGCUGUAACGGUGGAACCGGGGGGGUCGGAUCAGGCCUGAGGAGAACAGCAAUACUUUAACCGUAUUUAAAAGCGAAUAUUACGGAGCUAAUAAUCAAUAAAUUACUCAAAAUAAUAUUAAUGUCUGUCUGUCUGUCUGUCUGCCCGCCCGUCCCUCUGUCUGUCUGCGAUCACAUUUAUUGGAACAAGGACUGAAACAGGGUUGGCUGUCAUUGAUUAUUGGUUACUGAUUGUAAUUUAUUUAUAUUAAUCUCUGAUCAUUUUAAUCUUCAAACCCACAAAUAAAAGAACUUUGUCCUGA